AUGCUCGACUCAGGUGAAGCUAGUCUCAGCGAAGAAGCCAAAACGGCCCAGCACUUACAAGACCUACAGCCAAUAAUGGCCGAAAAGGGAGCCGGCCAAUCUUCCCUCUCUUCUGAGAUUUCAUCACUUCAAGAUGAUAACGCACGUGUAACUACACUGGCGAGAACCUUCACUCGGGAGAGCUCCUAUCCUCAAGAUGUGAAUCCUUUCUUAUCCCCAACGCCUACGCUCGAUCCGAACUCCUCCCAGUUUGACGCAAGAAAGUGGGCCAAGACCCUUUUACACGCCUUCGCUCAGGAUCCUGAAAAAUACCCACGACCACCCGUUGGGGUCUCAUGGCGCAACCUCGGAGUACACGGUUUUGGCAAGGAUACGGACUAUCAGAAGGACAUCCUCAAUCUUCUCUGGCGCGCACCACUCAUUGCCAGAGAAUGGAUAUCACAGAGGCGACGCAAGAUCCAGAUCCUGGAUAACUUCGAUGGCUUGGUUAAGAGUGGUGAAAUGCUCUUGGUAUUGGGUCGUCCUGGCAGUGGCGUCUCGACCUUGCUGAAGACUAUCGCCGGACAUGUUCAUGGUCUUUACCUUGAUCAGGAAUCACAUAUUAACUACCAAGGUAUUCCUUGGGAUACCAUGCAUAGUCGUUUUAGGGGGGAAGUAAUCUACCAAGCCGAGACCGAUAUCCAUUUUCCUCAACUUACCGUGGGGGAAACGCUACAGUUCGCCGCACUGGCCCGCACGCCUAAGAACCGCCUUCCAGGGGUUAGCCGAGAAACGUACGCGACGCAUUUGAGGGAUGUGGUUAUGGCAAUCUUCGGUAUAUCGCAUACCGUCAACACAAGGAUUGGUAACGACUUUAUUCGAGGGGUAAGCGGCGGAGAGCGGAAACGAGUCAGUAUUGCCGAAGUUACUUUGAACCAAAGCGCAAUUCAAUGUUGGGAUAAUAGUACUCGAGGAUUAGAUUCCGCGACUGCACUUGAGUUCGCUAAGACCCUCAAGUUGUCCACCGAGCUAGGGGAGACCGCGGCAAUUGUCGCUAUGUAUCAAGCCUCCCAACCCGCUUACGAUGUCUUCGAUAAAGUAGCAGUUCUCUAUGAGGGAAGGCAGAUUUACUUCGGUCCGAAGGAUGCAGCCAGGCAGUACUUCAUUGAGUUGGGAUAUCACUGCCCCGCCCGCCAAACCACCGCCGAUUUUCUCACUUCUCUCACAAAUCCAUCUGAGCGGGUCGUCCAGCCAGGCUUUGAGGAUAGAGUACCGCGUACCCCUGACGAAUUCGCACUGGUAUGGAAGAAUAGCCAAUCUAGGGCAGAACUCUUAAGGGAUAUUGAGAUUUUCGAGCAAGAGUUUCCCAUAAAUGGCCAACAUUUUCAAAUGCUUAAAGAAUCUCGAAAGACUCAACAGGCUUCAUUCACGAGAAGCAAAAGUCCAUACACCAUUUCCAUUCCAAUGCAGAUUCGCCUUUGUAUGACCCGAGGUUUCCAGCGCAUCAUGGGAGAUAAAGCAUUCGUCGUUGUUACCAUCUUGGCCAAUCUCGUUAUUUCUCUGGUUCUUGGGAGCAUUUACUAUAAGCUUCCACCAGUUGCUGAGAGCAUGAAUAGCAGAUGCGUCCUUCUCUACUUCGCCAUCGUGUUCAAUGGACUAAGCAGCGCUCUAGAGAUAUUCUCCCUCUAUGCUCAGCGGCCUAUAGUGGAAAAGCAAUCCCGCUAUGCAUCCUAUCACCCCUUUGCAGAAGCGGUUGCCUCCAUUAUCUGUGACCUUCCGACAAAGAUUCUUUCGACUAUCUGUUUCAAUAUCCCCUUGUAUUUUAUGGCCCAAUUGAGACAAGAAGCAGGUUCCUUCUUCAUAUUCCUGCUCUUUGGAUUCACCUGCACGUUUACCAUGUCUAUGAUUCUUCGUACCAUUGCGCAAGUGUCCCGGACGGUACAGCAAGCGCUAACCCCCGCGGCCAUCUUUAUAUUGGGGCUUGUCAUUUACACUGGAUUUAUUCUCCCUACGCGAAACAUGCAGGGCUGGCUAAGGUGGAUCAACUAUAUCGACCCGAUUUCAUAUGCCUAUGAGAGUCUCGCCGCGAAUGAGUUUACUAAUCGGCAAUUCCCGUGCACUCAAUUCAUUCCGAUGGGACCUCCCUAUGCGAAUGCGACUCCACUGGAAAGGACGUGUUCUGUUGCAGGCGCUCUACCUGGUCAAGAUUUUGUUAGUGGAGACACAUUCAUCAAUGCGAACUAUGGCUUCUAUUUCUCCCAUGUUUGGAGAAACUUCGGAAUUCUUAUCGGGUAUAUCGUAUUCUUCUCGAUGACAUAUAUCCUUGCAGCAGAAUACUUGUCACUGGAACCUUCUAAGGGUGAAGUCUUAGUUUUCCGACGAAAUCAUAUUUCCUUGGGUUCUAAGAAGCGACACCAAGACGAAGAGUCCGGGGCAACAGAUACUGCACCCUCUGAGCCACGAGAGAAAAGUGAAUCGCCCGAUUCUUCUGUCGGACGGACCACUGAGAUACAGAGCCGGAAUGUCUUCCAUUGGAGCGAUGUAUGUUACGAUAUUACCAUAAAGGGCCAACCUAGGCGAAUCCUGGACCAUGUUGAUGGAUGGAUUAAACCCGGAACUUUGACGGCGCUAAUGGGCGCGACUGGAGCGGGAAAGACGACACUCCUCGAUGUGUUGGCCGACCGUGUAACCAUGGGUGUUGUCAAUGGCGAUAUCCUAGUCAAUGGAAUCCCUCGCGGAAACGCAUUUCAGAGACAAACCGGAUAUGUUCAGCAACAGGACAUUCACCUCGAAACAGCGACUAUUAGAGAAGCCCUGCGAUUUAGUGCAUCGCUUCGGCAACCAUAUUCCAUCCCAAAAGCAGAAAAGGAUUCGUAUGUUGAGGAAGUUAUCAAACUGUUAGACAUGGAAGCAUAUGCCGAUGCGAUAAUUGGUGUUCCUGGCGAAGGAUUGAACGUCGAGCAACGUAAGCGCCUUACUAUAGGGGUUGAGCUUGCGGCUAAACCGGAUCUCCUCCUUUUCCUUGACGAGCCUACUUCGGGAUUAGACAGUCAGACAGCGUGGUCAAUUGCAAGUCUACUUAGAAAGCUAUCUGACAAUGGUCAAGCAAUCUUGUGCACCAUACACCAACCUUCGGCCAUGUUAUUCCAACAAUUUGAUCGACUAUUAUUGCUCAGUUUCGGAGGUAAGACGGUGUAUUUCGGGGAUAUCGGAAAAGACGCCGAAACUCUUACUACCUAUUUUGAACGAAAAGGUGCUAGUCCUUGCGGUGAUGAAAACCCUGCUGAAUGGAUGUUACGAGUCAUCGGAGCUGCUCCGGGAGCGCGCGCUGAUCAGAACUGGGCCGAAGUUUGGCGAAACAGCGAAGAAUAUCAGUCGGUGCAAAAAGAACUCAGAGCCUUGGAACUGGGUCCUCCAUGCAGUGAAAGCGGUCAUCAAGAUGAUAUUACAUCGACAGCGUAUUACGCGACUCCUUUUUACUAUCAACUUCUCAUGUGUACCAAAAGGGUAUUCGAACAAUAUUGGCGCAGUCCUUCGUAUAUUUACGCUAAAUUGAUCCUCUGCGGGGGUACUUCACUAUUCAUCGGCGUAUCCUUCUAUAAAUCCGAACUUACACUCGCUGGCCUUCAGAACCAAAUGUUUGCGAUAUUCAUGCUACUCGUCAUUUUCGCAUUCCUUGUAUAUCAAACUAUGCCUCAAUUUAUUCUUCAGCGACAGCAAUAUGAAGGGCGAGAACGAUCCUCAAGGGCUUAUUCAUGGUAUACUUUCCUUCUCUCUAAUAUGAUUGUGGAAUUACCUUGGAGUACAUUCGCAUCUCUCUUGGUUUUCUUCCCCUUCUAUUAUCUAGUUGGAAUGAAUAAGAAUGCUAUACCGACGCAUAGCGUGACCGAGCGAGGCGGGCUAAUGUUCCUACUAACUUGGUCAUUCUUGAUCUUCGAGUCCACGUUCGCGGAUAUGGUCAUUGCUGGUGUUGAGACUGCCGAGGUUGGUGCUGUUAUUGGAUUGCUGUUGUUCGCGAUGAGUUUGAUAUUCUCUGGGGUCAUGGUUCCAAAGAACUCUCUUCCUGGGUUCUGGAUUUUCAUGUAUCGCGUCUCCCCUUUAACAUAUAUCAUUAGCGCCAUGCUCUCCACCGGUCUCGCGAACCACGAAGUCCAAUGCGAUACCAUAGAACUUCUACAUUUCCAGCCUCCCCCGGGACAGACCUGCGGCGAUUACAUGGCCCCUUUCAACCAAGUCGCAUUCGGAGCCGUGUACAAUCCGGAAGCUACCUCAGCCUGCGAGUUCUGCUCUCUGUCUAAUACCAACACAUUCCUUGCUACCGUCGACACCUUUUACAGUGACCGGUGGCGCAACUUUGGCUUGAUCUGGGUCUACAUCGCUUUCAACACUGGCGCUACAUUACUCUUGUAUUGGCUUGCACGAGUCCCGAAGAAGUUCAGCUGGAAGGCUUUACUUAAAUCUGGCCUUCGAUUUAGACGGGGUUGA